AUGACCGGGCAGACGCUGCGCGUGCGGUGUGCCGUGCCGCCCGACGCGGCGUGCUCAGCCUCGCCCAGGCCGGCGUCCGUGCGCGAGUUGGGCGCCGCCUUCGCGCUGGACGUGGAGGGCCAGGCCUCCUUGCGCGUCAGGCUCUCCGCCCGCUCGCGUGGGCGGCCGGGCGGCCGCGGCGCGGGCCCGCGGGUCGCUAUUUGCGUGGGGGUCAGGUUCAAGGCGGACGACAUAGCCACGGAGUACCCGGACGCCCUCGUCGACUGGCUGCAGUACCACUACCGGGCCGGCGUGGGCAGAUUCUACCUCUACGAUACCGACGGGUCCUUGAGUAAGCAUCUCCCGAGCUGGAUGGUCAGGGCCGGCAUUAUCGCGUAUCACCCGAAGUUCCCCGCGCGGUUUGGCCGCAUGGCCGACCUGUCCUCGCAGGGUUGGCCCCAGUGCACCGAGGUUCUCGCGUACGACCACUGCCUGUACCACAACAUGGGCGACGCAGAUUGGAUCCACGUCCUCCACAGCUUCGACGUCUACACGUUCGUGCCCGAUUGGGCCUCCCUCCAGUCCCCCGCGCCGCUGGCCGGGCUGUUCGAGCCCAGCAACGUCCACCGUUCCGCGCCUAUCAUCCCGCGGGUGCUGGAACGGAUCGGGCAGCGCGCGGCGAACUCCACUGGGCGGCCCGUGUGUGGCAUCUUCAUCCGGCAGCUCGACUUCGGGGGCCCGCGCGAGCCGAGCUCGCACCUGGCGAGGUCGUUCUCCUUCCUGGAGGAACAAGACGUGGCCAGACCCCUACCACAGGGGCGACCCGGCCCUGGCGGCGGACGGCUCGGCCUUCUACGCCGAGGGCCACCGCAUGGUCUGCCGGCGGGGCUGGGGCGCCGCCGUGUCCGGGGUCGACGAGCUGAGGGUCAACCACUACAAGGACGCCUUCAAGUCGAUGGCACCGCGCGGCCUGGGCGGGCGCUGCCGCGUGCGCGACGACAGCAUCUAUGCCCUGGUGCCCUGAGAAAGUGCAUUCUCCUCCUCCUCCUCCUCCGUUGUCGCUAA